AUGUCCUGGAAUUGGCGUUGCAUACUUCGGCUCAGAGAUCUAAUAUCAAGGUUUCUUAUUGUUGAAGUUCACUGCAGCCUCAACACAAGUUUCUGGUAUGAUAGAUGGACCCCCCUUGGCCCUCUAAUCAACGUCUUCGGUACGAACGGCACCCGCAACCUGAGGAUUCAUAUUGACGCGUCGGUGGCUGAUGCAUAUGACGUGCAAGGCUGGAGGUUGCCACAUCCAAGAUCAGACAUGGAAGUCGCUCUACACGCCUUCCUUACAAGCUUUCCUACGCCUUCUCUGGAUAGAGGACCUGACACUUUUAGCUGGUUAACAAAUGGAAAAUCAAGCCCAGUUUUCUCUUCUUCAAAGACUUGGGAAGUGCUAAGACCUCGAGCCCCUAUCCAGGCCAUAGCAAAGCAUAUCUGGUUUACUGGUGCCACUCCCAAGCAUGCUUUUCAUCUAUGGGUUACAAAGCUUAACAGAUUGCCUACAAGAAGUCGGCUUGCCUCUUGGGGUAUGCAGAUUCUUACGACCUGUUGUAUAUGUUCUACUCAACAGGAAACUAGAGACCAUCUGAUGCUCUCUUGCUCCUAUGCGGGGGUCCUAUGGUCGGAAAUAAAACGGCGAAUCAUAGACCCGAUCCCAGCUCUUUCCAACUGGCAAGACCUCAUGUUGUGGGCUUCUUCCUCUACGGCCACGGCUCCAUCAGUCCUGCGAGUGAUGGUGACUCAAGCUCUUACAUACACCAUAUGGCAGCAGAGAAACAAUAUGCUUCAUAAUCAGAUCCUGCUCCCUCCUCUGGUGGCUUUCAAGGGAAUUAAUAGGCAUAUCAUUAACUCCAUCAAUGUAGCAAGGAAGCGCAGAAAGUUCAGCUCCCUUAUGGCCAUGUGGCUCAUAUGA